AUGACGUCUCUUCCAAAUUCCCUAACAAAAUUACAAGAACAAACUUUUCUAGGUCAUGAUGCUCUCGUCUCUAUCAAGAGCGCUCUCAUCUCCUCUUUCAAAUCAGGUCUCUCCGAAGAUGCCCCAACGAUGAUUCCAUCGUUUGUUUCCAUCUUUCCUACUGGCACCGAAAUUGGCGAAUAUCUUGCAAUUGAUCUUGGUGGAACUAAUCUCAGAGUCGCCGUUGUUCGUCUACUGGGAAAUAAUCGAUUUGAUUCAGAGACAAAAAAGAGCUUUAGUAUACCGGAUGAGAAGAAAAAGGGAAAUGGAGACGGUUUAUUUGAUUGGAUUGCUGAAAUGGUGAAAACGGUUCUGGAUGAGAAAGGUAUUGAUUAUAAAAAGCCCGUCAUCGUUGGAGCUACAUUCAGUUUUCCUGUUAAUCAAGUCGCUAUCAAUCGCGGAACCGUGACAACAAUGGGUAAAGGAUUUGAUCUCGAUAAUGUGGAGGGUAUGGACAUUGUGGAAUUGAUGGAAAACGGUUUCAAAAGAAAG